AUGGGCGUGGACUUCUACAACGUGCUGAGAGUGAACCGGGACGCGACCCAGGAGGACCUGAAGAAGGCGUACAAGAGGUUGGCGAUGAGGUGGCAUCCGGACAAGAACCCAGUUGACAACGAAGGAGCAGAGGCCAAGUUCAAGCAAGUUUGCCAGGCCUACGAUGUCCUCAGCGACCCCCAGAGGCGUCAGAUCUAUGACAUCUACGGCGAGGAAGGGCUCAAUUAUGGUGACCCAGAUGAUAUUUUUGCCGAGUUCUUCGGUGGAUCUGGGGACAGAGACAGGGUGUUUAAGAAGAAGAAUAGCGUUAAUGGUAGUUAUGGCAGUGGCGGUGGCGGGAAAAGUAAGAAGCUUGCGGCGAUUGAGAGUAAGUUGGUGUGUAGUUUGGAGGAUUUGUACAAAGGGACCAGAAGGAAGAUGAGGAUUUCAAGAACUGUUCCUGAUGAAUUUGGUAAGCCGAAGACAGUUGAGGAAAUCUUAAAGAUAGACAUCAAGCCUGGUUGGAAGAAGGGUACGAAAAUCACCUUCCCAGAGAAAGGCAACCAAGAACCAGGAGUCUCUCCGGCAGAUCUUAUAUUCGUGGUCGAUGAAAAACCCCAUGGUGUUUUUAAAAGGGAUGGGAAUGACCUUGUGGUCACUCAGGAGUUAUCUCUACUCGAGGCUCUCACGGGGACUUUCGUCAAUCUGACAACCUUAGACGGAAGGAUUCUGAUGAUCCCAGUGAGAGAUAUAAUUAAACCUGGUCAUGAGGAAUUGAUCCCUAAUGAGGGAAUGCCCAUCUCAAAAGAUCCCACCAAGAAAGGAAACCUCAGGAUCAAGUUUGACGUCGUCUUUCCAUCGAAGCUGAGUGUAGAACAGAAAAGUGAUCUGAGAAGGGUGCUUGGUCGAGCUGAUUAA